ACUAGUGCUUUUUAGAAAAAAAGCAAAACAUAUCUGUCUCAUAGCUUCUAAACGUCAAAUCGGCACUUUGGCUCAAUGACGUCUAAGAAAUCAACAGUAACAAUCAAACUUGUUCAUAUUUUUUUCAUAUGAGAGCUGUCAUUGAACCAAAGUGUUGGCUAGUUUGACAAUUUGGUAAAAAUCCCAUCUGUGUAUUUUCACAUUAUUAGUCAUGUUUUUAAUAACUUAUUUCUACUUCGUUUUUAUUUUCACAGUUUGCAUAUUAGGGGCUGGUUAUAGCGAUCAAGUUUUCACUCAAUUUAAUACCAAACUACAACAUGAAUCUAUGAUAGAAGACUCAAUGUAGAUUUUGUGAAAAACAAAAUACAAUUGAACAAUUAUUUUUUGUUAAAAAUGCAUUUAUUUUUUUUUUCCUGACACGAAAGAUUUAUUCGCUACACUUUUUCGGAAACUAUUUCGUUAGUACUAACAAUUUACUCAACCCUGGUCCCUAAUUACUAUAUAAUGUAUGUGUUUUCAUAUUUCGAUUCAGUUUGAAUUUGACAUCAACGAUAAACAUCGUGGUUGUGGUUCGCGUCAGUUGUUUAAAAAAAAAUGUUCUUUGUGGUUCGCGUCUAGUCGUAAAAAAACAAAUUUUGUGGUUGGCGGUAUAUUUUCAUUUAGAUACUAUUCAGUAUAUGUUUGAGAUUGUUAGGAAAAAGAUAGUGGUUGUGGUUCGCGUCUAGUCGUUUAAAAUAAAAAAAAAACAAAUUUUGUGGCUGGCGGCAUUAAAAAAAUUUAUAUAUAACAAAGAUUUCUGAAAUUGGAGACAUGGAAAAUUCAGGUGAGAGCUCCAAAGCAUUGGAGGAAAGUGAAAGUUUAAUAAUUUUUGAAGAAACAAUAGACACCGGAGAAACAAUGGAAUCAAUAGAAGCUGAUGGAAAUGGAGAAACUGAAGAAGCUGAGGAAAAUGGAGAAACUGAACAAACAAUUAAUGCUGGAGAACUGCAGCAGGCUUUGUACAAGUUAGUACCAAUUACGGAAUAUGAAAGUAGCAAUUUCAAAGAUGAUGAGGAAUUGAAACUCCUUUUAAAGAGUUGGGAUUGCCUUCAUAUGUACGAAUACUUGAUUGGUGAAAAUGUUUCUACAAAAAUUUUAAAAAUCAUAAAAGAGGUUCACGUAAAAAGCUUGCUAGCUGGUUUUAAACACGGUGACCGCAUACUUUUUGAAUACCAUUUGGAGAAAUGGCGUGAUGAGAUUGGCAUGCCUCUAUUACCAGGCAAUGAGCCACUCCACCCUGCUCUCCACUCCACUCCACCUUCUCCAUCGACAUCAAAUAGAUCAUCAAGAACUGCGUCACCCACACCAUCGCCCGAACCGGAUAAAAAUCUGAAUAUAAACUUGUCGGUAAUGCUUUCAGCAAAAAAACAUGGGCAUUCUAUUGUAGAAUACUACAAUACCCACAAAAAAUUUCAAACUGAACACCGACAACUACUCAUCGGUCUUGUGGCAGAGUAUUUUGAAGAAAACAGCAUUCCAUUGACGUUAAAAACCAGCUACAGAAUAGAAAGGGAGAUAUUGGACCGUUUUCCAACAGAAAAAUUGGAGUAUUACCGCACCGAAAAGCGAGGUAAAAUUUACACCAAACUCCACAACAUAAAAAGGCUGUACAAAACAUUAGAGCCGAAGAGGGUUAAAACAUCGCCAACCAAAGAAGUCGGAAAAUCGAAUAAACCGAUCUUAAUUCCAGAGCCCGAUGCACAAGCUUGUGUUAAAAGCUUAAAUUUUGACAAUUUAUCUGUUGAAGAAUUUGACAGUGUUUGGGAUGCAUGUGCCAAGCAUCGGCUUCUACAAAUACAAGCAUUAUCAACGCAGCAGGAAAUCUUUAAGGCAUGGCCGCAGUAUAAAAAUUUGAAUGGCUAUCGUUUGAUAGACAGAGAUUUCAAAGCCCUACACCCCGAAAGCCAGACUAUAUGUGAGAACUGGGAACGUAAUUUCAAAACGAUCAAAGAGUUCCUCAUAGAAAACCUAAAAGACAAAAAAACAACCGAAAUGCUUAACGAAUUUGAAAAUUCCGAUGCGGAGAAAGAAGAUGCGGUUCUUUGUCUCCUUAGAAGCUUACACUGUUACCUUUUUCCAACAAAGCCAGUUGUAAUGAAGUCAACAACAGCACGACCGAAAUCGUUUCAAAGGUUCACUAUCAAGGACUCCCAACAGGCUUUUAUUUUUGAAGCAGAAAGCGUUCAGCAAAUCGAAGACCACCUCGAUUUUUGCAAAAGCCGUCAAAACAACAUUCAACCCUUCAUCUUAGCCCUCCUGAAAAACGACGCUCCUGCAGAAUACUUUGUGUAUCUGGACGGAUAUAAACUGGUAUUUAAAAAAAUUCUGCGUGCAGUUGACAUCUGCCUCAAAAGUUUUUUUAUUUUUAAUUUACAAUACCCAGCGGCCUGCGAGCAUUUUUGGAUUUUUAUUCAAUAUUUUUUUUACUCAAUUCAACCACAAAAAAAAGAUAUCACUUCACGUAUAAGUACUUUAGUAGAAACACUUAAACAAUAAAAUACUUUUAAGACAUUUUAAAUUUAAAUACCUCUUUUAUUCUUCUACAAAAAGUUUAGAAGGUCCUGAAACAGAAUUUUAAAAUAAGAAAUGAAAGCUUUGAGGCACUUUUAGGUACAUGCAAUCUAUGGGAGGAGUCUAUCUCAACUAAUCUGGAAAUGUUUGGAUAAGUAUCAUAAUAAUUAUUUUUAUAAUUUAUAAUGACGCUUUUUCUAUUUCUAGGUGAACAUUUUCAUCGGUAUUAAUAAUAAAAUUCAAUAAUGCGAUGAAACAGCAUUUCAUUAAUCUGAUGCGUUCCUGUUCUGAGUACUGAUGAUAGAAUUUAUCAGUAUUAUGAAUAUAUAUAAUCAUCUUAAUAAUGAAGAGAUUCAAAGCUGUUGAAUGACCGUGAUUAAGAUGAAUUUUUAUUCAUAAUAUUGAUGAAGUCGAUCAUCAGUACGAAGAAUAUAAAUGCUUUUUAUUUAUGAAUAGUAUCAUCGCAUAAACGAAUCCUAUUAUUCAUAUUGAUGAAUAUAUUCACUUUAUUGAUGAAAAAUGAUCAUCAUAUUGAUGUAUAGGAUCUUCAAUAUGAUGAAAAUGUGAAUCUUAUUGAUGAAAAUAUUCACUGAAUUGAUG